AUGAAUUUUGAGUUCAUGGUGAAGAAGUCUGGGACCGAUGUUUUUUAUGCAACUUGCAGGGGUUCAGAUUGCAAAUGGAGAGUGAGGGGGAGGAAGAGGGCACGUUGUGACAUGUUUGAGGUUACUGUAUUCCACAACGAACACACAUGUAGCCUGGAUUCUAGACAUGCUGAUAACCGUCAAGCAGCACCGUGGGUUGUUGGCCACCUCAUUAAGAACAAGUUCAAAUCAGAUGGAACUAAGUACAAAGCUAAAGACAUACAAAGGGAUAUGUUUCAGGAGUAUGGGAUCAAGAUGAGCUAUGAGAAGGCUUGGAGGUGCCGAGAGAAGGGACUUUUGUAUUCUAGGGGUACGCCAAUGGCGGCUUAUAGUCGAUUGCACAGUUACUUUUACGUGCUGGAACAGAAGAAUCCAGGUACUAUUACAGACAUUAUCACAAAGGAUAACAGGUUCAAGUACUGUUUCUGGUCACUGGCUGCUUGUAGGAGGGGAUUUAAGUUUUGUCGUCCUGUGAUUAGUAUCGACGGCACGUUCUUGAAGACAAGGUUUGGGGGCACAAUGCUAGUUGCUGUAGCGUACGAUGCAAAUAACCAACUGUUUCCGAUUGCCUUUGCAAUUGUUGACAGCGAGAAUCAUGACUCUUGGAAGUAUUUCUUGCAGAAGUUAAAGGAAGCGAUUGGGGAGGUUGAAAACUUAGUGUUUGUAUCGGAUAGGCAUCAAAGCAUUGAACAUGCUGUCGAGGUUAUUUUCCCCGAAGCAUGCCACUGUGCAUGCUACAAACAUAUUUCUAUGAAUGUCACCCACAAGUUCAAGACUGAUGUAUGUAACACGCAAAUAUGGUUGGCCGCUUACGCAUGGUCGAAGAGGGAAUGUGAUAGACAUUUGCAGGUGCUCCGACAGAUGGAUCCUCCCAUCGCUGCUUAUGUUGACAAUAUAGGAUUAGAAAAAUGGGCUCGUCCUUAUUGUCUAGGAGACAGGUACAACAUCAUGACAAACAACGCUGCAGAAAGCCUUAACAACGUGACUGAAGAAUUCCGGGCAUAUCCAAUAACUACUCUAGUUGAGUUCAUAAGGUUCACACUACAAAAUUGGUUUGCUAACCGUCUUGAGAAGGCAAGUAAGUGUGUUACCCCUUUGGCAACUCAUUUUGAGGAAGAUUUGAUAAAGCAACACGAGGAUGGUAGACGUAGAAGUGUCCUACGUAACGGUGCACAAUUGUUUAAUGUUGGAAGAGGUGCUGACGGUUCUGACUUUGAAAAAGGCGGAGAUGUGAACUUAGUUGAGAGAACAUGCACUUGCGGCAUGUUCCAAUUGUUGAAAAUUCCUUGUCCCCAUGCAUGUGCCGCAGCGCUUACUCAGAAUGUCAGUGUGUACGCUCUGUCAUCUCCCUAUUACACAAAGGAGACGUGGAAGAAUACUUACGAUGCAACAAUUAAUGUUGUGGGCGAGGAGGAUGAAUGGGUGCUUCCAGAACACAUGCAGAACAUGAGAAUCGGUGUACCAGUGGAGAAGAAACCUGUAGGUCGUCCAAGAAAGAGCAAUGCAGGAAGACUACGGACUAACCGAUUUCCAUCGAACGGUACCAAAGUCAAGGAACCACGCAAAUGUUCAAACUGUGGCGCAUUGGGACACAACAAAGCUACUUGCAAGGCCAGGGUUUGA